CCCCGGACUCAGCGCUGUUCAGCCGCCGGCCAUUCCCCCCGCACAACUUUCUCCGCUUCCCACUCGCACUAUAUCGCCCUGCGCUUCUGUCGCACUGAGAUCGGAUCUGUCCCCCCGGUGCGGGGAAGGGGGGAGGUGCGCUGCCUGGGUGCGGGGGGAGGUGUCCUGCCUGGAAGAUGAGGCUGCCUGCUGGGGAGAGAAGCCGCCUGCCCUGCGGAAUGCUUCGCUGAUUGCACCGGGGAUCUAUGGCUGCUUUGUCGCAACGCUAGCACCUCGCCUCGGCCCGACCCUCUCCGGAAACCCCAUUCGCUCCAGAGCACUAGCCCGACCCCGGCUGGAGAGCAGUACAAUGGUGGAUGGUGUUAUGAUUCUUCCUAUCCUUAUGAUGGUGGCUUUUUCCUCUCCCAGCAUGGAAGACGAGGAGAUGAAGCUGAACGCAGGGCAGUAUAAAUGCGUAUGUGAAGGGAUGUCCUGUGGCAGUGGGGACCACUGUUACGGGCAGCAGUGUUUCGCUUCGCUCAGCAACAACGAUGGUGUCCUGGUGUCCCAAAAGGGCUGCUUCCAAGUCUAUGAACAAGGCAAAAUGACCUGCAAAACCCCUCCAUCUCAGGACCAGGCCGUGGAGUGCUGCCAGAGUGACCUCUGUAACAUGAACAUCACUGUAAAAAUAACAGAUUUAACAGGGAGAACAAAGCAAGGGGAGGCACCAAAUUACAGCGUGGAGACGCUAACGAUCUUCAUCUUGGCCCCUGUGAUUGUGCUAGUGGUACUUUCUGUCUUGGCCGUGCUGAUCUUCCGGAAAAUCCAACAGCGUCACAUGCAGAUGCUAAGCAAUCGAGAUGCAGAAUACGGAACCAUUGACGGGCUCAUCGCAUCCAAUGUUGGAGACAGUACGCUGGCAGAAAUGUUGGAUCAUUCCUGUACAUCGGGCAGUGGUUCUGGGCUUCCAUUCCUGGUACAAAGAACAGUCGCUCGGCAGAUCACACUAGCAGAGUGUGUGGGAAAAGGGCGAUACGGCGAAGUAUGGCGGGGUCUCUGGCAAGGAGAAAGCGUCGCAGUGAAGAUCUUUUCAUCUCGAGACGAAAAAUCCUGGUUCAGGGAGACGGAGCUGUACAACACUGUGUUACUGCGGCACGAGAAUAUUCUGGGUUUUAUUGCCUCAGAUAUGACUUCCAGAAACUCCAGCACGCAGUUGUGGCUAAUAACUCACUACCACGAGCUGGGCUCUCUCUACGACUACUUGCAGGUCACCACGCUGGAUUCGGUCACCUGUCUGCGCAUCGUGCUGUCCAUAGCCAGCGGCCUGGCGCAUCUGCACGUGGAGAUAUUUGGCACUCAGGGGAAGCCGGCCAUUUCCCACAGAGACCUGAAGAGCAAGAAUGUCCUUGUGAAAAAGAACGGCCAGUGCUGCAUUGCGGAUCUAGGGCUUGCCGUCAUGCAUUCACAAACAACCAACCAGCUGGAUGUUGGCAAUAACCCCCGCGUGGGAACGAAGCGCUACAUGGCCCCCGAAGUUCUGGACGAGACCAUCCAAGUGGACUGUUUUGACUCCUACAAGCGAGUGGAUAUUUAUGCAUUUGGUCUUGUCCUCUGGGAGGUGGCCAGGCGAAUGGUCAGCAAUGGCAUCGUAGAAGAAUACAAGCCUCCUUUUUAUGAUGUUGUACCCAAUGACCCAAGUUUUGAAGACAUGAAGAAGGUUGUCUGCGUGGAUCAGCAAAGACCAAACAUUCCCAAUAGAUGGUUCUCAGAUCCAACUCUCACAGCGCUCGCUAAGCUGAUGAAGGAAUGCUGGUAUCAGAACCCCUCGGCAAGACUCACAGCCUUACGCAUCAAAAAGACUUUAACCAAAAUUGACAAUUCUUUAGAUAAACUGAAAUCUGACUGUUGAAAACUCUUACUGACACUGCCAUGAAAUCUGUGCAUAGUUCGUGCCGACAAAGAAGAAAACACACAGUGCUUGCCCGAGGCCGAAGCGCAGACUUUUGUUUCAAGCAGUUCAUUUAUAAGGGAAAUUCUCACAAAGAGAUAAUUUGACAAAGUGCAAAAUUGCGCCGUAUCCCUUCUGCCGUUGUUAUGGCUGCGCGGGAUAAAGUCAGAGGCCUCAGGUAGUUUGUGGAGAAAAGUACAGAGAAAACAGAUUUUUUUUCUUUCAUUUUGAAACAAAAUUGCCGGGGGGGAUUUGUAUCGUCGAUUUUUGAAACCGUAAAUCUGCACGGAACGUCACACCCGCUACACCUAAAGCAUUUGCGCUACCAUGUUGCAUUCAAUAUAUUUUCAGGUUAUUUCUUUGUGAAAUGAUUUCCUACAAAACACAAUCGUAGACACUACAUGGCUGCCUGUUUGAAGACAAUCCCGCUUCGGAGCGUUACUCAGAGACUUGCGGACUCGCUUCCACGCCAAGGGCUGGUCGGACGUUUUUUUGCAAAGAUUUUGGGUCUCUGAGGGGGCACAGAAUAUAGAACAGGACAGAUCUGGGCAUUAAAAAAAAAAAAGAUGAUUCUGGAGAAAUGAGAGAAAUUUUCAGCGUUAUCCCGAUCACUCCUACGGAAAAGAGG